AUGCCCUUUUUGAGGAAAAUAGCGGGGACAGCACAUACACAUUCUAGGUCUGAUUCGAACUCAUCUGUGAAAUUCGGCCAUCAGCCGACUAGUUCGGUAGCAUCAACCAAAAGUUCAAGCAAAAGCCCUCGUGCAACAUCUCGCAAAAGCAUUUAUGAUGAUAUUAGAAGCCAAUUUCCCAACCUAACCCCCAACUCUACCUCUUCUCAGUUUUACGAAAGCACGCCAGUUAUCGAACAAUCCUUUAAUUGGACGACAGAUGACCACAUCUCAGCUGGAACGCUUGAAAACCCAACGAGCUUUACAAACAGUUCUUAUAAAAAUGACAAUGGACCUAGUAGCCUCUCUGAUUCGAGGAAAUCCUCCGGUGGCAAUAGCGUAAAUAGUUUGUCCUUUGACAAGCUAAUUCUAUCGUGGGAUCCUACAGACCCUGAUGAAUGGACAAUGCAUCGCGUCACCUCAUGGUUUAAAUUUCAUGAUUUUCCAGAAUCCUGGAUAUUGUUUUUCAAAAAGCAUCAAUUGUUUGGUCACAGAUUUAUAAAGUUGCUUGCAUAUGAUAAUUUCGCUGUUUAUGAAAAGUAUUUGCCGCAGACUAAAACUGCUUCAUAUACCAGGUUUCAGCAGUUAUUGAAAAAAACAAUGACCAAGAACGUAACAAAUAGCCAUAUUCGUCAGAAGAGCGCUAGCAAACUUAAAAGUUCCAGGUCUUCCAGCGAAUCGAUCAAAUCAAAAUUAAAAAAUAGUAAAUCGCAAGAGGAUAUUUCAAAUUCUAGAUCAACGUCAGAAUCUGCAUUGAGCCCAACAAAAUCGGGCCCUUCCAAGACCGAUGAAAAGAAUUUUUUACAUUCUACUUCAACACACCAAAAAACCAAAAGCGCAAGUUCACUAUACAGAAGAAGUUUUAUAUCCCUAAGAGGCUCAUCAUCGAGCAAUGCUUCCUCAGCAAAAUCACCUUCAAACAUCAAGUUAAGUAUACCGGCUCGGCCGCACUCAAUUAUUGAAUCUAACAGUACACUUACCAAAUCGGCGAGCCCACCUGCAUCUCCUUCGUAUCCUAGCAUAUUUAGAAGACAUCACAAAAGUAGUUCAUCUGAGUCGUCAUUAUUAAAUUCCCUUUUUGGUAGUGGAAUAGGCGAGGAAGCUCCAACAAAGCCUAAUCCACAAGGUCAUAGUCUGUCUAGUGAAAAUUUAGCUAAAGGAAAAUCUAAACACUAUGAAACUAAUGUGUCUUCACCUUUAAAACAAUCUUCACUACCCACUUCGGAUGAUAAAGGUAAUUUAUGGAAUAAAUUCAAAAGAAAGAGCCAAAUAGGGGUUCCUAGCCCAAAUACGGUAGCUUAUGUAACGUCUCAAGAAACUCCAUCCUUAAAAUCGAAUUCGAGUACUGCUACCUUAACCGUACAAACGGCAGAUGUAAAUAUACCAUCUCCAUCUUCAUCACCACCGCCAAUACCCAAAACUGCAAACAGAAGUUUGGAGGUCAUCAGCACAGAAGAUACACCUAAAAUUUCUUCAACCACGGCGUCUUUUAAAGAAACGUAUCCUGAUUGUAUUAAUCCAGACAAGACAGUUCCAGUGCCGGUAAAUAAUCAAAAGUAUAGUGUAAAGAACUUUUUACUGGACCAAAAAUUUUAUCCUCUGAAGAAAACAGGGUUAAAUGAUAGUGAGAAUAAAUAUAUUCUGGUUACCAAAGAUAAUGUUAGUUUUGUUCCGCUAAACUUAAAAAGUGUAGCAAAAUUAUCCAGUUUCAAAGAAUCUGCUCUCACAAAAUUGGGAAUCAAUCACAAAAAUGUCACUUUCCAUAUGACAGACUUUGAUUGCGAUAUUGGUGCUGCAAUUCCAGAUGAUACUUUGGAAUUUUUGAAAAAAAGCUUGUUUUUGAACACUUCUGGAAAAAUUUAUAUCAAAGACCAAAUGAAGCUUCAACAAAAACCGAAACCUGCUCCUCUCACCUCAGAAAACAAUGUUCCUUUAAAAUCGGUGAAAAGUAAGAGUUCAAUGAGGUCCGGAACAAGCAGUCUGAUAGCAUCGACAGAUGAUGUUUCCAUUGUCACUUCGUCUUCUGACAUAACAUCAUUUGAUGAACAUGCAUCAGGAAGUGGGCGCAGGUACCCCCAAACCCCGAGUUAUUACUAUGACAGAGUUUCCAAUACUAAUCCAACUGAAGAAUUGAAUUAUUGGAAUAUUAAAGAAGUUCUUUCUCAUGAGGAAAAUGCACCAAAAAUGGUUUUUAAAACAAGUCCAAAAUUAGAACUCAACCUACCAGAUAAAGGAAGUAAAUUAAAUAUUCCUACCCCCAUAACAGAAAAUGAAAGCAAGAGUAGUUUUCAAGUGCUAAGAAAAGAUGAGGGGACUGAAAUUGAUUUCAAUCAUCGUAGGGAAUCGCCUUAUACAAAACCAGAACUGGCACCAAAAAGAGAAGCUCCCAAGCCUCCCGCAAAUACUUCUCCUCAGAGGACCUUAUCAACUUCUAAACAGAAUAAACCGAUCCGCCUAGUGAGGGCAAGUACAAAAAUUUCGAGAAGCAAAAGAUCGAAACCAUUGCCGCCACAAUUAUUAUCAUCUCCUAUAGAAGCUAGCAGCUCGUCUCCUGAUUCGCUUACUUCCUCAUAUACUCCUGCUUCGACUCAUGUUUUGAUACCGCAACCUUAUAAGGGUGCAAACGAUGUUAUGCGUAGGUUGAAAACAGACCAGGACUCGACGAGUACUUCCCCAUCUUUGAAAAUGAAACAGAAAGUGAAUCGCUCAAAUUCAACUGUAUCGACUUCAAAUUCAAUUUUCUAUUCUCCUUCACCAUUGUUAAAAAGAGGUAACUCAAAAAGAGUUGUUUCGUCGACAUCUGCGGCCGAUAUAUUUGAAGAGAAUGACAUAACAUUCGCGGAUGCUCCGCCGAUGUUUGACAGCGAUGAUAGUGAUGACGAUUCUAGUUCAUCCGAUGACAUUAUCUGGUCCAAGAAAAAAACAGCUCCUGAGACUAAUAAUGAAAACAAAAAGGAUGAGAAAAGCGAUAACAGUUCUACGCAUUCUGACGAAAUAUUCUAUGAUUCUCAAACGCAGGACAAAAUGGAGAGAAAGAUGACCUUUAGACCAUCUCCGGAGGUCGUUUAUCAAAAUUUAGAGAAAUUCUUCCCAAGGGCUAACUUAGAUAAGCCAAUCACUGAAGGAAUAGCUUCACCAACAUCUCCGAAAUCCUUAGACAGCCUACUUUCACCAAAGAAUGUGGCUUCAUCGAGAACUGAGCCAAGCACUCCUUCCCGUCCCGUCCCUCCUGAUAGCUCAUACGAGUUCAUACAGGAUGGACUUAACGGUAAAAAUAAACCAUUGAAUCAAGCUAAGACACCUAAAAGAACAAAAACCAUAAGAACCAUUGCACAUGAAGCUAGUUUAGCAAGAAAAAACUCUGUAAAACUAAAAAGACAGAACACCAAAAUGUGGGGUACAAGAAUGGUCGAAGUGACCGAAAACCAUAUGGUGUCAAUUAAUAAAGCCAAAAAUUCGAAAGGUGAGUAUAAGGAAUUCGCCUGGAUGAAGGGUGAAAUGAUAGGGAAGGGAUCUUUCGGUGCUGUUUAUUUAUGUUUAAACGUUACUACAGGUGAGAUGAUGGCCGUUAAGCAGGUUGAGGUCCCCAAGUAUAGCUCACAAAAUGAAGCCAUUCUAAGUACCGUGGAAGCAUUAAGAUCUGAAGUGUCCACGUUAAAAGAUUUAGAUCAUCUUAAUAUUGUUCAAUACUUAGGUUUUGAGAAUAAAAACAAUAUUUACAGUUUGUUUUUAGAAUAUGUUGCUGGUGGCUCCGUGGGAUCCUUGAUUAGAAUGUAUGGAAGAUUCGAUGAACCGUUGAUCAAACAUUUAACAACACAAGUAUUAAAAGGAUUGGCAUACCUACACUCGAAAGGUAUUCUCCACAGGGAUAUGAAGGCAGACAACUUACUUUUGGAUCAAGAUGGUAUCUGCAAAAUCAGUGACUUCGGAAUUUCAAGAAAAUCAAAGGACAUAUACUCUAAUUCGGAUAUGACCAUGCGAGGAACAGUCUUCUGGAUGGCUCCUGAAAUGGUUGAUACAAAGCAAGGCUACAGUGCAAAAGUUGAUAUAUGGUCUCUGGGAUGCAUCGUUCUGGAAAUGUUUGCUGGUAAGCGCCCGUGGUCCAACUUAGAAGUCGUCGCAGCCAUGUUCAAAAUUGGAAAGUCAAAAUCGGCACCACCAAUUCCUGAGGACACUUUACCAUUGAUAUCGCAAAUCGGACGAAAUUUUCUGGACGCAUGCUUCGAGAUAAAUCCAGAGAAAAGGCCAACCGCUAACGAGCUUCUUUCUCAUCCUUUUAGUGAAGUAAAUGAAACAUUCAAUUUCAAAUCUACCAGACUCGCGAAGUUUAUAAAGUCAAAUGAUAAGUUAAACUCUUCAAAAUUAAGGAUAACCUCUCAGGAGAAUAAAACUGAAUAG